CUCUUCUUGAUUCAAAACCCAGAUGUACAAGAGAGAUGUCAUGAGGAGACUGUUCAGGUUCUGGGUUACGACCGCUUGCCCAGCAUGGAUGACCGUGACAGACUACCGUACACACUCGCCACUGUUCACGAGAUUCAGCCAUGUGGAAACAUCACACCUGUUGGGUUGGUUCAUGAAACAAUUCAGCCCACAAAACUACAUGGAUACGACCUUCCUCAGGGAACUGUAGUCAUGGCAAACUACACUGCAAUUUUCAGCAAUAAGGAGCACUGGAAGCAUCCUGACACAUUUAACCCAGAGAAUUUCCUGGAUGAGAACGGAUGCUUCAGCAAGCCGGAGUCUUUCGUUCCCUUUUCACUAGGGCCAAGGUCCUGUCUGGGUGAGUCACUGGCGAGGACGGAGCUCUUGUUGUUCAUCACAUCACUCAUACAGAGGAUUAAUUUCUCCUCACCACCUGAUGCAAAGCCCAUAGACAUGGAUGGCAUUGUGGGUAUAGUCCGCUAUCCUCAAACCUUUAGCAUCAUCUGCGGCAGUAGAGACACCAAAAAGUGACCCGAAACAUAUCAAGCCAUC